AUAUUUUUGGAACAAAGGAAGUUCACAUGAAGAUAUAUGGACGGAGAGGAGAGGAAAAUGAGAAUGACAAAACUCGGAAGUUUCCUAAAAGAAAAAGCUGCGUACGUCCGUAGCUUUAGUCAUAGCGGUUGGAGAUACUACUAUAACUUUGCUAACGAAUACUUUUUGAACAUCUUAUUUUCUACCUUAGAUAUAAUAUGGUUUAUAUUAUAUUUACAUGACUCAUACAAUAUCCACUAUUUUGUUAGAUAUAAUAUGAGGAUCGAUAUUUUUAAUGAGACUUGAGAUUUGAGAACAAAGUGGUGUAGAGACUAGAGAGUGCGUGAAACUGUGAAUUUUUAUAUCUUAUGAUGUUACAGUUCAGAACGGAAAAAAUUAUAUCCUAUGAUGUCAAAUAGACCGAACAUGUUGACUUUGUUGGACUUUACGAAUCGCUUGUGCGAUGCAUUCUUACAUAAGUUUGAUGUUUAUCCAGUGCAUUAUAUUAUUAAAAGAUGGUGUCGACUCUAUUGAACUUGACCAAUCAGUUAGGAUAAUUUUUUUUGAAACAAGAUAUAAACUCACUAAACGAAUUUGCUUACAACAAUUUUUUUGUUUACUUUCUUUUUUUUGAAUUAUACAAGAAUAUCCUAGUCCCACGGAAAUGGUCUAGACUAGUCACGUAUUACCACGUGUUGGUCUCUUGGUUUUAACGAUGCCAAAAUAUUAAUUCUUCAGGAGCCAAGAUUAGAACCCUGGUGACUUUACCGUAUUAAACUUUUAUCCUCAAUUUAAUCAUUACCAAACCACAAGUCCUGGUUACUUUUAAAAAAAAUAAUAGAUGGCAACAAGAUACCAAAAAGGAAUUUUUAAAAAAAAGUUAAAUAUGAGUCAAUUUGGCAACUCUUAGGAUAUGAACGGUGACCAGUGAACGGCGAGGAAUAAUGCAUUUUCUAACAUUCCUAAAAAAUAUCACCAUUCACAAGGAAUAUUUUUUUCUUUUCAUUCCCUACAAUUUUUUUAGAGAAAUAAAGAACAAAAAUAUUCCUUGUUAAAUUUGAGAAGGAACAAGCAUUCAUUUUUAUUUCUGUAGUUUUAUUUAUUUAUGUUCAUUUUCUGUUUGUUCCUAUUGUUUCCAGAAUGGUCACUAGUUGAACCAUUAGUUGAAUAAACCAAAUACACUUUAUUUUUUUGAAGAAAUAAAAAAGGAAGCAAUUAGAAUAAAAAUGUAUAAUAUGAGUCGAUUUAUGGCAACUGUUAAUUAACUGAACCAAAAUUAAAAAAAUAAAAGCUUAUUAACCAUGUAACCAAAGGAAAAAAGUACAUAGCCCUUAAAUAACACUUGUAAAACGAAAACAAAAACAAUAUUCGGAGAAUAGUAAAACUAAACUUGGAGCCCAAGAGUUCUAAAGUGGAAACAUAUAUCACGAGACACAUCCUAUAUAUAUCUCAAGACAUACCCUAAACAUAACCAAGUCCUGGUGAAAAUAAGAAUAAAAAGAAAAAGUUUUUUCAAAAGAAAGGGAAAUAUUCCUUAAAUAAUAUUUGCACAGUAAAAACAAAAACAAUAAUUUGGAAAACAAAAACAAUGAAUUUAGUCCCAUGUUUCUUAUAAGUCAAAAGUCAGAUUUUUUAUUUAUUUAAAGAAUAUCACUUCGUAUGUCGGUAAAACGUAGGUAAACUUAUGUUAACAGAAGUCUUUAAUUUUUGUCUCUGGUGAAACGAAGAAGUCUUCAAACACUCAAAAUUACGAAAAAAAACAAAACACAUCGGAAAGAAGGAAAGUUUACUAGAAUGACUUAAAUUAGUUUAUAAAUUACUAGAAUAACGCUUAAAAGUUUUAAAUUACCAAAAAUAUUUUAUAGUCGAAAAUACCCUUAACUAUAGUUAUGAUAAAAAAACAAUAUUACAAAAGUGCCAUUUGAAAUUAUUAAAAAAAUUUCGACGGCAGAUUUAUUUAACGAAAAACAAAUCUAUCGGAAUAGAAAUCGUGUUAAAUUAAAUUGUUGUAAGAUUUAAAUCUGCCAUGUAUUUGGUGGCAGAUUUUUCUGUUACGAUGUUUUUAAGCUGGCAGAUGUGUUUGGCCGAUUUAAGAUUAUCGAUAGAUUUAUCUUAAUUUUAAUAAUACUUCAAUGACCAUGAGGCACUUCUCUUCACCCGUGAAAAGGUUUUGUUUUUUUUUUUUUCAAAUUAUAUCCCUUAAAAUACUUUAAUGGCAAACUUGUAAUUACUGAAAACUAGGUUGGAUUUUAUGUACUUUUGCUUGGUAUAUGUGUUAUGCUAGUAAUUACAAUAUUUUUAGAGUUAGUUGAGUAAUAUUAGGUAUGAUUGGAGUCAUUAUAAAUAAUUUAUGGGAAAGAAAUUCAAAAGUGAUCUUUUUCAAAGCAGAAUAGUGGACACAAAAGUCUAGUAAUAAUUCAUUCAUAGCCGCCAAUAUCUACUCACUCUCUUUCUCGAGACUCUAUAUAAACUCUCUCACAUGUUCACAUAUCCACACAGCUUACAAAAAAUGUCUUCUUCGUUUUUCUCCUCCACUGCUUCCUUCUUUAUUGUUCUUCUCUACUUGGGUGCCUGCCACAUCUCCGAUGGAGCUCAACAAUCAACUUACAUUGUUCAUAUGGCGAAAUCUCAGAUGCCGUCGAGCUUCGACCAACACUCUCUCUGGUACGAGUCCUCACUCAGGUCCGUCUCAGAAUCUGCUGAACUGCUCUACACUUACAACAGUGCGAUUCAUGGAUUCUCUACUCGGCUUACUCCCGAAGAAGCCGACUCGCUCAUGACCCACCCUGGUGUCAUCUCGGUUCUACCAGAGAAGCGGUACGAGUUAGACACCACUCGGACUCCACAUUUCCUCGGUCUGGACGUACACAACGCAGGCCUAUUCCCCGAAACCACCGGUGCAUCCAGCGACAUCGUCGUUGGAGUUUUCGACUCAGGUGUUUGGCCAGAGAGCAAAAGCUUUGACGAUGAAGGAUACGGUCCCAUCCCGCCUACAUGGAAAGGCGGAUGCGAGACUGGGACUAACUUCACCGCUUCGCUCUGUAACCGCAAACUAGUCGGAGCUAGAUUCUUCGCUCGGGGUUACGAAGAAAUUAACGGACCUGUGGACGAAUCCAUAGAGUCAAGAUCACCCAGAGACGACACCGGUCACGGAACACACACGUCAUCAACCGCGGCUGGAUCCGUUGUGGAAGGAGCUAGUCUUCUAGGCUUCGCUAAUGGAACAGCUCGUGGGGUUGCUUCCCGGGCUCGAGUGGCGAUUUACAAAGUUUGUUGGAGAUAUGGUGGUUGCUUGAGCUCAGAUAUUUUAGCUGGAAUGGAUAAAGCCAUCGAAGAUAACGUGGACGUUAUGUCCAUCUCUAUCAGCGAAAUAGCGGUUGAUUAUUAUGGAGACAUUAUGGCCAUUGGAGCAUUCGCGGCCAUGGAAAGAGGGAUCUUUGUUUCAUGCUCUGCUGGUAAUAGGGGUCCCAGCUCUUACAGUGUUAGGAACGUAGCUCCGUGGAUUACUACUGUUGGGGCUGGUACUAUUGAUCGUGAUUUUCCCGCGCUCGUGAUCCUCGGCAACGGGCAGAACUAUACUGGAGCUUCGUUGUUUAAAGGAGAUGCUCUCCCGCCUAAAUUAUUGUCGUUUGUUUACGCCGGGAAUGCUAGUAACAAUGAUACUGGAUAUCUAUGUUACCCCGAAACACUGAUACCCGAGAAGGUAAAGGGGAAGAUCGUUAUGUGCGAAGACGGAGGAAAUAGUAGGGUUCACAAAGGGGAGGUAGUGAAAGCUGCUGGUGGACUCGGAAUGAUUCUGGCGAAUACAGAGGAUGACGGAGAAGAGCUUCAGGGGGUUGCUUAUUUGAUACCGGCAGCCACUGUGGGACAGAAAGCUGGUGACGCUAUCCGUAACUACGUCUUGACCGAUCCCAAUCCCACGGCUACGAUUGUUAUCCAAGGAACUGUAGUCAACGUCCAGCCCUCUCCCGUGCUUGCAGCUUUUAGCUCCCGAGGACCUAACCCGGUAACGCCAAACAUUCUCAAACCGGACUUGAUCGCUCCGGGAGUCAAUAUCCUCGCCGGGUGGACCGGAGUUGCUAGUCCAACCAGACUAGAUUCCGAUACUCGCCGCGUGGAAUUCAACAUCCUCUCUGGAACCUCCAUGUCUUGCCCUCACGUCAGUGGUUUAGCGGCUCUACUCAAGUCUGUGCAUCCGCAGUGGAGCCCCGCGGCGAUUCGAUCUGCUCUUAUGACCACUGCUUACAAAUCCUACAAAGACGGAAAACAGAUCAUCGACAUCGCGACGGUAACACCUUCAACGCCGCUCGGACACGGUGCUGGACACGUGUCGCCGACUACGGCCACCAAUCCAGGGCUCAUCUAUGAUCUAACGGCGGUGGAUUAUUUAGAUUUCCUCUGUGCAAUGGACUACACAGCUUCGGAUAUCGAAAUCGUGUCGAGACGCAACUACACUUGUGACCCGAGCAAAACGUACUCGGUCGCUGAUCUAAACUACCCGUCGUUCGCCGUUUACGUCGAUGUAGCCCGUGAAUACAAGUACACACGCACGGUCACUAGCGUGGGAGGAGCUGGGACAUACUCCGUUAAAGUAACCUCGGAGACAAGAGCAGUUAAGAUUUUGGUUGAACCGGCGGUUUUGAAUUUCAAAGAAGUAAACGAGAAGAAAUCGUAUGCGGUAACGUUUACCGUAGACUUGUCUAAGCCGUCUGGGUCUAACAGAUUUGGGAGCAUCGAGUGGUCAGAUGGGAAACAUGUGGUGUCUAGUCCCGUGGCUGUUAGCUGGAACUAUUAAAAGACUCUAAAAAAAAGAGAACGUCAUGAAGGUUCGGUUUAGUAUAAGCUGUCCACAUAAAAUUUUAAACGACCAAUAAUAUGGAUCACUGUUUAUAUAUAUAAAGUUUGAAAUAUAUUAUAAAUAAAAUUUUACUUGAAA